CCAUUCACUACCCAAAGAAGAAAAACAGGUGACUCACUCGCGAGUCCUCAACAUGGAUUCUUCUGGUUUUCCUGAGAAUUCUCGGGAAAGUCGCGGAAUUUCCCCGGAAAAUUGUCCUUCCCAAGAAACCCACCUCCCCAAUUUGACGAGUUUGGACGUUCUUGCCCAGGUGGCGUCGGAGGGACUUGAUCAAGAAUUAGGGUUUGAGACGGAUCUCGAUGGCAAUCAUUGCUACGAUUUUCCCGGGAAACAAACAGAAAAUCAGGGGGGUUCACAUGGGGGUGAUACGGCGGAGACAUCGGCAGCCGGCGAGGGGCGAGUGAUCUCCGGUGGCGUGAUCAUGUCGGAAGCCGAAAGACGGGAAGAGUUGGAGAGGAAGUCCAGAUUCGAGAGUUACAAGAGACACCAGGAGGGGAUAUACUACGCGGCCAAGACAUUUGCUCGGAAGUUACAUUCUGAUAUGAAUGAGUAUCAUCAGGAUCACAAGAAACAGAGGAUUGGAGAAAAUGUGGCCAAGAAGGUUGAUGAGUCAGGAGGGCCAUUUCACGAUGCGAUGGAGGCGAUCAAGAAGAGGGGUAAUUUGGGUUCAAAUGUUACGCCAUUGAAGUUCUGUGCAGGUGAAAACGGAUCUAAUCUCGGGAUGAGAGUAGCUCCUUCACUCUUGGAACUGAGUCUGAGACAGGCUGGGAAGUAUGCAGAGGAUUUGGUGUCUCUUCAGUGCAUUCCUGAUGGAUUGAGGUCUAAGAUUGCGAGCGUUGUCAGUAGUCACGGCGAAGUGAAUGCCCGUUUUAUGAAACUUCUGGUCAAGUAUUCGCCAACCGAGAUACGUGUGAAAAACUGCACAAAUUUGGUGGAGAAAGACUUAACCGGGAUCCUCCAUGGCUGUGAUACAGAGAGGUUGAGAGUGUUGGAACUUGAACUUUGUGGACGUUCCAUGACAGAACACGUGAUAGGACACUUCCUGUCUCGUUCACCAAAUGGGUUUCAGGCAUUGGUCAAUGUAUGUUUGAAAGGAGCAUUCAGUCUGACCGACAAGGCCUUGGCCUUAAUUUCCAGAUCUGCUCCUCUGCUUCAGAGGGUGAAUCUGUCAGAUUGCUCUCUUCUCACUGAAAACGCGAUUCAGAUUCUUGCUGACAGCUUUGGAUCUACCUUGAAAGGCCUUAACAUAGAGGGUUGCCAAGGUAUAAACCCGUCUAAGGUCUUGGGCAACCUAAAGAGAUUCAAAAGCCUGAAUAGCCUCUCCAUUGCCGGGCUUGAAGGCAUUGACGAUGAUUUUGUUCUCGGAUUCCUUGAGGCAUGUGGGUCAAAUCUCACGACUCUUGUUCUUUCAAGUUGCAGGGAAUUGACUGAUGAAUCUACUAAGGGUAUCGGGAGAUAUUGUCCGAAUCUAAGUGCCCUCGACGUCUCGUUCUUGGACAAAUUGACAGAUCUGUCAUUGCAAUACAUUGCAAAUGGUUGCAGUUCUUUGAGUACACUCAAAUGUUGCAGGAAUCAUUUCAGCGAUGAAGGGGUCGCUGCUUUUCUGGAAGUUUCCGGAAGUUCUCUCAAUGUACUCUCUCUGAACAAUGUCCGAAAAGUUUUUGUAAAUACUGUCAUCUCACUGGCUAAAGUUUCCAAGAAACUGCAAUCUUUAGAUCUUUCAUGGUGCCGAAACCUAACAGAUGAAGAUUUAAGACUCGUUUUAUGUUCCUGCACAUCGUUGAGACAGCUGAAGCUGUUCGGAUGCUCGCAGGUAACGGGAGAAUUCCUUACAGCGCAUUUGGGAUUGGCAGUUCAGAUCAUUGGACUGAGAAUGACCCCUCUUCUGGAACAUCUCAAUGACCUUGAACCUGUUUUUCAAGAUGCUUUUGUCAGUGAGUAGUUUCUGUGGAAAUGUAUAGGUCCCCUCCAAGUUUUGUCUUCUCGGGAUAAACAGCUUGGUCAAGAUUCGUAACCUUUUUGGCUCGAUCGUUACAUAGAUCGUCUCAAUUGUAAAAACGGUUUUAGAGUACCGAUACCCUGUGUUCUUGUUUCCUGAUCUAUUGGAGCUGUAGCAUGCCAUAAGAGAAGAGCAUAAAGUCUUUGGGAUUUGCUCUGCAACUAAAAUGAAUACGGGACCAAAUGCUGAUUGGUUUUUGUUUGGUUAUUGAAAAGAUGUUCCAAGUCAGGCCCAAAUGUAGAACCGACCAGAACCAAUCCAUCUAUGUCGUGCACUGUUAACCAGGACAACCCGGUUAACCUGUAAUAUGUAAAUCGUACUUCCUAAACCGGUACUUAAAAUGUAAAAGCCUCAUCAGCAAAGAGCCUGAAUGAAACAGAUUCUACUUCUGCAUUGGCAAUUCAAGGAAACUGAAAAAAUGCAUCAACUAAGCAACUUCCCAACACAAGAAGAUAUAAUAUUUCCACAGAAACAACUCAGCCGUAUCAUCAGACCAUUCAGCACGAGAUUCUCACGACCUGUCGUUUUGAUAUCGGUCUUUGCUCAGAUGGUAAACCAAUGUUCAUUGAGGUAUAAGAUCCACAGAAUAUACAACACCAAAGUGCUAUCAGGUGUCCUCUUUCAUGUUUCUGACUCAAUUUCCCCUGUUUUGGCCGAG